UUCUCUAGAAAUGGCUUCUUUCAUCACCACCAUACAUAACAAGACCAGGACUAGGACAAACAUUCUCCUUCUCCUAUUUCUUCUUCUUCAACACCAUUUUACCGGCAUGUCUAUGGCACAAACCAACAAGCAUUUAACAAAGAUUGCCGCAAUCAUCGAUGUUCAUUCUCGUUUUGGCAAACAACAGAUAACCGCCAUGAAAAUAGCUGUUCAGAACUACAACAAAAUAUCAACUCGACACAACAUUUCACUUGUUGUUCCCCAAGAAUAUUCUGAAAACCCACUUCAAGUGGCUAAUACUGCUGAGAAGCUCAUUAGAGAGCAGCAAAUUGACGCAGUUAUUGGCAUGACAACAUGGUCCGAAGCUGCCUUGAUUGCAGACGUGGGUAACAGAAUGAAAGUUCCAAUUCUCUCCUUGGUAGCAGAUCAUUCCCCACACAAUAAUGAAUGGCCUUACUUGGUUCAAAUGGUCAACAAUGGUUCACAGCAACUUAAAUUCGCUGCAACUAUCGUCCAAUACUGUAAUUGGCAUAGAGUUGUCUUAAUCUACGAAGAAGACAUCUAUGGUGGUGAUUCAGGGGCGUUUUCUCGUGUAUCACAAGAACUUUCGAGGAUAGGCUCUGUUAUAGAUUACACUUUGGCAUUCCCUUCAUUUUCUUCAAUAUCUGAACAAUACAUUGACGAAGAGAUGGAGAAAUUGAAAGGAGUACAGUCCAGAGCGUUUCUUGUUCUCCGAUUGUCAUUUGAGUUAACGGGUGUUUUGUUUAGCAAGGCAAAGAGCAUGGGAUUCAUGGAACAGGAUUCGGCUUGGUUAGUAUCAGACAGUGUCGCUCACUUUCUUGAAUAUGCUAACCAUUCUAUGAUAUCUUCCAUGGAAGGUGUCAUCGGAAUCAGAACUGACUAUUCUAGAGAUACCCAACCAUUCAUGAACUUCAACGAUCAGUUUCAGCGAUAUUUUAGAACAGAGUAUCCAGGAGAAGCAGAGAUGAUUCCCGGAAUUCAUGCUCUAAGAGCAUACGAUAGUGUUACAGUUAUAACGGAGACAUUGAAAAAAAUAGAUAACCAAAGUUUGCUACAAGGUAUUUUGUCGAGCAAUUUUACUGGUCUGAGUGGUCAGAUACUUUUUAAGGAUGGUAGGUUGUUGGACGAGCUAAAAUAUGAGAUGGUAAAUGUCAACGAGACCAAGAUUAAUAGGUUGGGAUAUCAUAAUAUGACAAAAUUAGAUGGAAUAUCAUGGCCUGGGAAAUUAGAAAGGAUUCCUAAAGGAUGGGCAAUGCCUACUAAAGGGAAGCCCCUUAUUAUUGGAGUCCCCGGCAAAGCUUCAUUUGGGAACUUUGUGAAGAUAACACCCAAUGGAAAUGGAAAUGGAAAUGGAAAUUCAAUGGAAAAGAACUUCGAUGGUUUUUGUAUUAGAGUCUUUCGAGAGGUGGUAAGAAGAUUGUACGAUACCAAGUCAUAUAUUAUUCCUGUGGAAUUCAGGGAAUUUAAUGGCACUUACGACGAUUUAGUUGAUUCUCUUGCUGAUAAUACAUAUGACGGGAUUGUGGGCGAUUUGACCAUAAGUACGAAACGAUGGAACAAAGUGGAAUUCACGGAGCCAUUCACAGAAUCAGGGCUAGUCACUGUAGUUCCUGUGAGGCCUGCAAAUGAUGAAGGUUGGAUAUUUUUGAAGCCUUUUAAACCUGAUUUAUGGCUUGCAACUGGAUGCAUGUUGUUGUACACAAUGUUCAUGGUCUGGUUUAUGGAACAUAAAUCAAAUCCAGAUUUUUCUGGGUCGCGGAGAGAACAGUUGGGGAAUUCCCUAUGGUUUGCCUUCUCUUCUCUUUUCAUGGCUCACAGAGAGAAAAUCCAGAGUAAUUAUACAAGGAUAGUGGUGGUUGUAUGGUUAUUUGUUGGAUUACUUUUAACUCAAAGCUUCACAGCCAACCUCUCUGCAAUGCUCACCGUUCCACGCCUGAUUUCAAAAGACGUUACCUCCCUUAUGAGGAGUAAUGCGAAAGUGGGUUACGAUAACAACACAUUAAUCAAAAACUUCUUAACAACACUUGAUUACAAACCAGAGAAUAUGGUGAACUUACAGACUGAGGAAGAAUACCUGAACGCUUUUGAAAAAGGCGAAAUCGAAGCAGCUAUUUUCGAAAUACCUUAUGCCAAAGUCUUUGUCAACAAUUACUGCAACAAAUUUACAAUCACAGGGUCUAGUUAUAGAUUUGGAGGACUUGGGUUUGCUUUCGAAAAGGGGUCUCCAUUAGCCAGAGACGUAUCAGAAGCUAUUUUAGCAAUAUCUGAAAAUGGGGACUUGAAAAGGCUAGAAAAGGAGUGGUUAAUAACGUCGGAGUGCUCCUUAGACCAGUCACCAGAAGUCGGCGGAUUGAGCCUCAAGGACUUCUGGGGUUUGUUCGUCUUCAGCGGCGGCGUCUCCACCGUAAGUUUACUGAUAUCGGUUGCGCUCAAAUUGUGGAAAUAUCAGCGAGAAAGAGAUCAAGGCUCGAAUGAUGAUAGCGUUUGGGAACGGGCAAAGAAGUUUGCUCGUUAUUGGAGCAAUGCAGAUCCUAUUCCUAUAACUAUAAUCAUCGAGAAUCAUCACUCCACACAUAGAGGAGUCAUUAUAUCUAGAUGAUCUUUUUUUUAGUUUUUUAAAUAGACAUUAUUAUUCUAUUAAUUUAUAAUCUUAGACAUUAUUCUAAUAUGUACAAAUACAUACAUAUUCCUUUUUGUACUAACUAUAUUGUUAGAACACCCUUUACAACUAUUGUUCCAACUUUACAAACAUAUACUUGAAUUGAAAUUUCAUCUUUUAAUA